GGGAAGAGGCGGAGCCGAGCCGGAGCCAGGCCGAGCCGGCCAUGGGGCUGCUGCGCUUCGCGGCCGAGCCGGGCGGCGCCGACAUGCAGCCGCUCAACCAGCUGAGCGCGCAGCAAUUUUCUUCCUUAACUGACGUGCUUUUCCAGUUCCUGAGGGAGCCUAAAGAGGUCGAAAGGUUUCUCGCACAGCUCUCUGACUUUGCUACCCUGAACAAAAUCAGCCUGGGGCCUCUUAAAAACAUCGCCAAGAGUCUCCUGUUGGUGCCAACCAGUGCCCUCAAGAGGUCUUUGUCAGCGGAGCAGGUCAGAGCCGAUCUUAUCGCACUGGGGCUGAGCGAGGAGACGGCCAGCUGUUUUGAAGAACAGUGGAAGGAAAAUUCUCCCGCCCUUUUGCUCCUGGCCCUGGACCAGACCCUGAUGGUCAACCAGCUCAUGGACAUGGAGUGGAAGUUCGGAGUUACGGCAGGAAGCAGUGAGCUGGAAAAGGGGGGAAGCAUCUUCUUGCAGCUGAAACUGGUGGUUAAAAAGGGAACUCAAACGCAGCCUGUGUAUGUAGAGUUGACGCUCCCCCAGUUUUAUAGCUUCCUGCAUGAGAUGGAAAGAAUUAAAACCAGCCUCGAAUGUCUCAGUUGACUUACCUGUGCAGUGGCAGCAACUGGUUGGACUGGGAGAGACAGGUGAAGGUCCUGCAACCUUGCCUCGGUCAUUGGAGAAGCUUUCACUUGCGCUAAGAUGCACUGGUGCACAUUUUGAGGACGUCUGGCGAGGCUUGUGGGCCAAUAUUUGUGUUGCUGGUCUGUAAAAGGGUUGUUGGGAUUGUGUUGAUUUCCAAGCAAAGCUUCCAGGAAGGAAAAAAUACAAUAAAAAUCAAAUAAAAUUCCAGUGUCCUUGGUAAUGGUGGCAACAAACAGGCAGAAAUGCAGUCCUGAUGUUUGUGGUGUGCUCUUGCAAGGAUGUGUGCGUGCUUCCUGAUUGCACCCUCUCUUGUAGACACACAAACUUGUGAGGCUGUCUAUACCGGGGAUUUGCAAGACUUGCCCUUUUGUUUCUGCAGAGUUUUCCACUUCCUCCAUCCCAUGCUCUCAGAUGUUCACGGAGAUGCUGUAGUUGGCCCUUACUUUUCCUAGCCACUUCUCCGUGCGCAGGGCUUGUGUGGGUUUUUUGCACUGAAAAAGCAGCUGUGCCUCCCAGCAAUAGCAUGUUGAGGAGUUGUGGUUGAAGACAUGUGUCAGUCCUAGGAUGUCAGUCCCUGGCAGUUAGACCCCCCAAGCCCCUCACAGCAAGCACGCAGGUGCAUUGGUUGAAGAAACUUUAUUCAGAGAUCUAUUCAGUUCAGGUGUGCACUCGUAGGUAGAAGUUGGCAGAAGUGAUUAUUCAAACAAUAGGACUACUGAUUAUAGGGGACGUUCUCCUGCCCUCUGGCCCGUUUGCAUCCAGGCGUGAAAACCCAAAAAGUUACAUGAGAACAGAGUAGUUUAGUCUAGACACAGUAAAGAGUGGAAUCAUUCCCUCCUGUGAAAAAGAUACAUUUCAGUACACCGCUGCAGCUCCGGUCCAAGGACGCUCAGAAGUGAAAGCGCAUAUUUCUUAGAGAUAACAAAGAGGCCACUGGCUCCUCUGGAAAUUAAUAUUAGCAGUCUAGACACCCUCAGGUGACUUAUAUAAAAUACAUAAGAUACAGUAUUGAACUUUGGCAUUAUCCCAGUAUGUGUUUAAGAUGCAGAGUAAGAUGCAGAACACAAUAAUAGCAUGGAUGCUUAUAUCACUCUCAGUAUAAGAUGCAGAACACAACAAUGGCAUGGACGCUUGCAUACAUGACAACAUGCUUUGAAACGUACCAGAAUCCCAUUCAGAUAAAGGCAGCUCCAUAAAGACCUCCCACCUCAUGUUCCAAUCUGUGUUCUGAUACACAUCCAGCCUCUUCCCCCCUCCCACCUUAGGGUGAACAGGACUGGACUUCAGGUGGUCCCAUGGCAUCCUUGUAAACCACGUGUGGCCUGAGCUCUCCACAUGGCACAGGCAGUGGUAGUUUGUGGCUGUUCUUGGCCGGGCCUGGUUAUGUCACAGCACCCUGCUGGCACUUCUGCUGGCUUCUCCCGUGCUUUGAGAAGUGGGGGGGCAAAGCAGAGGGGGAGUCACACAGGCUUCAGUUCACCCCAGGUGGCCCCCUCUCUCAUCGCUGACACCCUUGCCCAAAGUGCAUGGGCACAUUUCCAAAGGUGCUCAGUGCUGUUUAUUAGGCAUUGAGGAAUGUCUCGAAUUGAGGAGGGGCUGUGGCUCAGAGGUGGAGCAUCUGCUUGGCAUGGAGCAGGCCCCGGGUUCAAUCCUAGGCUUCUCUAGUUAUAAAAUGACCAGUUAGUAGGUGAUGUGAAAGACCUCUGCUGGACAGCUGUUGUCAAUCUAAACAGACAUGACUGACCUUGAUGGACUGAAGGCAGCUUAAUAUGUUCAUGUGUGAAUAAGGUCAGUGCCUGUACCAGAUCUGCCCCUACCUCACCCCCUCUCCCUAUUAAUACAAUAGAAGGGAAAGAACAACUGAGAGGCAGUUUGGUGUCAUGGUUAAGAGCGGCAGGACUCUAAUCUGGAGAGCCAGGUUUGAUUCUCCACUCCUCCACUUGAAGCCAGAUGGGUGACCUUGGGUCAGUCACAGCUUCUUGGAGCUGAUUGUUGUGAGGACAAAUAACAACACACUUUGUAAACCGCUCUGAGUGGACAUUAAGUUGUCCUGCAGGAGGUAUAUAAAUCUAUUAUUAUUAUUAUUAUUAUUAUUAUUAUUAUUAUUAUUAUUAUUUCAGUCAAGCCAGACUGAAAUCUCUGAAGGGCUAUUCAGGAAGAAUGGUUGAUGCUCUUGGUUAUGAAAGGACAAUUGCAAACGUCCCUUUGAAGCAGCCCAUUUUAACCGUGACUUUUUCACCAACAUAUUUUUUUCUCUUCUCUUUUCCACACUGUGACACUGAGAGAUCUCUGUCUUUUGGUGCUACACCUCUGAAGAUGCCAGCCACAGCUGCUGGCGAAACGUCAGGAACUACAAUGCCAAGACCACGGCAAUACAGCCCGGAAAACCCACAACAACCGUCGUUCUCCGGCCGUGAAAGCCUUCGA